UAAUUGUAAUUAAGGGGAGAUUAAUAUAGUAGUAUUGCUUAAAUAAAAGGAGCCAAACACCACCACCAUGGUUAAUUGUGAUGAUUCGGUGUGGUUUUUAUUUUUUAAAAAGUGGAAUAAAGACAAAACAGAGACCACCACCAUUAAUGACUUUCAUCGAUACCAACAAGACAUGACUCUCCUCUCCUCUCCUCCCUUCUCUUUUCAUUUUUCUGAGUAAUCCAGAUUUUUUUUUCCAUUCUUCCAAAAAUCCGUCGAUAUCUCGUUUUGAUUUGAAUCUGAAACAAACAAAACACCGGUAAACACGUGAACGUCAAGUCUGCUGUUUUUGUUUCCAGAAUAACAAAUAGAUCAACAAAGGAGUAAUUCAUCUUACCACAAGUGAAAGACAAGGGUCUCUUAGUACUCACCAUGGCUCCUGGAGGCAGUGCUUUGAAAGAAGUCCUUGAAUCCACUUCCACUGGAAUGGACUACGAGGUUAAAAUGGCAAAAGUGGAAUCUAACAAUACUAAUAACAAACCUACAAAGUCAAGCAGCGCAGGUGUUGGUAAAUACGGGAUGCAUUCAAACAACGGUGUUUACGAGCUUCUUGAAUGUCCAGUGUGCACAAACUUAAUGUACCCUCCAAUUCAUCAGUGUCCAAAUGGCCACACCUUAUGUUCAAACUGCAAAGCGAGAGUGCAGAACACUUGCCCUACAUGUCGCUACGAGCUUGGUAACAUAAGAUGCUUAGCUCUCGAGAAAGUUGCAGAGUCCUUGGAAGUUCCAUGCCGGUACCAGAGUUUGGGGUGUCAUGACAUUUUCCCUUACUACAGCAAGCUUAAACACGAGCAGCACUGCAGGUUUAGGCCUUACGCCUGUCCUUAUGCUGGCUCUGAGUGCUCGGUUACGGGUGAUAUCCCCACGCUAGUUGUUCAUUUGAAAGACGAUCAUAAGGUUGAUAUGCAUGACGGCUGCACUUUCAACCACCGUUAUGUGAAGUCAAAUCCACAUGAAGUCGAGAAUGCCACAUGGAUGCUUACGGUGUUCAACUGCUUUGGGAGACAGUUCUGUUUACACUUUGAAGCUUUCCAGCUGGGGAUGGCUCCAGUGUACAUGGCAUUCCUUCGUUUCAUGGGAGAUGAAAACGAGGCAAAGAAGUUCAGUUACAGUUUGGAAGUAGGAGCUCAUGGACGUAAACUAACAUGGCAAGGGAUCCCUAGAAGCAUCCGUGACAGUCACAGGAAAGUUCGGGACAGUCAAGACGGUCUCAUCAUCCCAAGGAACCUUGCACUCUACUUCUCUGGAGGUGAUAGGCAAGAACUCAAGUUGAGAGUGACCGGCCGAAUCUGGAAAGAAGAGUAAACCAAGAAAGAAAAAAUUGAAAAUUUGAUGUACAUAAGAAGAAGCCUCUCAAGGAGAGCUAGUGAUCGUAUGUACGAUUUGAAAUUGGUUGUCUGGUUUUAGUAUGUUAUAAUGGAUUCUUCUCAAAUGGGGAUGAUGAUGAUGAUGACAAUCUACUAUGAUGAAUCAGUUUGGAGGAAGCCAUUGUUACCAUUCUCUGUACUUUUUGGUUUCUUUUGUUGUUGGGUUUGUGUGGUUUCAGACAGAGAAUGUAGGAGAAAGACAUAUGAUUUUGGCUAUGUUCUUGUUGUAAAACCAUGUCCGAAACAGGUUGGUGCAUUUUUUCUUUGUUCACAGUGGUGAUUUUGAUGCAAGAGCAUUAUUGGAACC